GCGGAAAUGAAAAUGGUUUUUUUGACUCUCGCCUCGGAGCCUCGGUAACAUCUCUAUAAAAUGGUGUGUUUCAGGACGGGGUUAACAUGGAUUUUUCUGCUGCUUUUGUGUUUUGCCAGCAUUAAAGAUGAAGGAAUCUACACCUGCAUCUUCAGAGUAUUUCCAAGUGGACGAAAUGAAACAGAAAUUUGUCUCAGAGUACAAGUUCCUCCUGUUGUCACUGUGGGCAUUGAUGUUCCUGCUGUUGCUGGAGACACUGAAGGGAUUUUAGCGACCUGCACUGCAGCCAAUGCAAAGCCUGAAGCAGAAGUGUCGUGGAGUCUGGGUGCUUUAUACAACACAGUGAAAGUACAAAAUACUGUCACUGUGGACUCUGAAGAUAGAUACACUGUUAAAAGCAACCUGAUUGGAACUGCAUCUAAAGAUCUAAACCAGAAGAAGGUUCAGUGUGUAGUCACACACCCUGGUCUAAAGCAGAAACUGGAACUGAAUUACACAUUGGAUAUUCACUAUCCUCCCCAGGUGGUUUAUAUUAGUUCAGCAGGUGAUCAAGGGGAAACCCGUGAAUUUCUGUGUGACACAGACGCUAAUCCAAAACCUACAAACUUUACCUGGGGCAGAUAUUUUCCAGUGAAAGAGACUCUUUCCAGUGGUGUUAAUAGCAGACUGAUUGUUCAGCUGACCCCUGGCAGUAAUGGACCUUACUAUUGUUUGGUGUCUAACCAAUACGGGGAAGCUGUUGGUUCCCUCUAUAUGCAUGUUCAAACAUCUACAGAAUCUAAAACCUGUUGGACUGACCCCAUCCUGACCCUUGUUGCUGUUUGCUGUUUUCUCUUUUGGAAAUUUGAAUUGUUUCAGCGUGUUAAUGAAAUACUGCGGUGAUAUAUCGGCCAACCUGUGCGUGGGGAAUUUUCAGACCACAAAGAGGUCUGUGUGAAAUCGUUUAUUUAAAUCUCUAUGGUCUUGUUUUGCUACAGUAUGUUGGUGAUUACAUGGAAGACGUUUGUUUUGCUUAGGAGCAUCCAAAAUGGAGGAAGUAAUUAAAGCAAAAGGAACCACAACCAAGUAUUGAGUACAUACUGUAUACAGUAAAUGAACAUAUUUUCCAGAAUGGCAACAAUUUAAUGAAAAUGUUUUUUUAUUGGUCUUAUGAAGUAUUCUAAUUUUUUGAGCCAAAAUCAUCACAAUUUAAAGAACUAAAGACUUCAGUCUUUGUGUACUGAAUUUAUAUAAUAAACAAGUUUCACUAUUUAAGUUGAAUUACUGAAAUGAAUUUACUUCCACGACGUUCUAAUUUAUUGAGAUGCACCGUAUACGACGCGACUCUGUACACAACACAGGGGACACACUGGAAGCCUUGCUUUCCCAUUACAGAGCACAAUUGCACACACAAAUAAAUUAAAUAAAUAAAUUUGGAUACAAAUUUAUGUAUUUCAGAAAAGUCUGUUUCAUCAUUCAGAAUAUGUUUUUAUUACCUGAGAAGGUUUUAACUACUUAAAGUGUUCUCUGGAAAUUUGGACAUAAGAUGAAGAAGACAUUGAAUCAAGCUGGAUCCAGACAUUUAAUUGCACCAACAAAAAAAAUCAAUUU